AUGUCGUCCUCGCAGCCCUUUCGGUUCUCCUCUCCUAUUCCUGGCGCUGACGGGAGAAAGUCUCGGUUCAACUACAAGCACCUCUCUCAGCUAGCGACAUACAACCCGUCAUGCCCAUUGCGAGUCAUAGCCCACGUUGACCUGGAUGCCUUCUAUGCACAAUGUGAGAUGGUACGUUUGGGUGUACCAAAGGACCAACCUCUGGCAGUUCAGCAGUGGCAAGGUCUGAUUGCCGUCAAUUACCCAGCACGUGAACGUGGAAUCGGCCGCCAUUGCACCUUGACGGAUGCUAGGAAGCUCUGUCCUACUCUAGUUGCCCAGCACGUAGCCACAUGGCGCGAGGGCGACGAAAAGUGGGCGUACCGUGAUGACGCCGCCGCCAACAUCCAGAGCGACAAGGUCUCGCUCGACCCUUACCGUCUGGAGUGCAGGAAGAUUCUGGCAGUCAUCAAAGAAAGCUUGCCCUCGGACCUUCAAAAGGUCGAAAAAGCUAGCAUCGAUGAGGUCUUCCUCGACCUUUCCGCCCAGGUGCACGAAAUCCUAUUGAGACGCUUCCCCGAGCUGGCAAACCCGCCCCCUUACGAUGAUCCGACCGAAAAUCUCCCAGGCCCUUCCGUAGCUGCACUUGACUGGCAGGCAGAUGCCCUCGUCGACCUGAACGAGGAGGAAGAGUCUAUGGACCCAGACUGGGACGAUGUGGCGAUCCUCAUUGGAUCCGAAAUUGUGCGACAUGUCCGAGGCCAGAUCUUUGAGAGGCUACAGUACACAUGUUCGGCAGGCAUCGCCAAGAACAAGCUACUCAGCAAGUUGGGCUCCGGUCACAAGAAGCCCAACCAGCAAACUGUCAUUCGAAACCGAGCCGUGUCACAUUUCCUAUCUGGCUUCAAGUUCACUAAAAUACGCAAUCUCGGGGGUAAGCUCGGCGAAAACGUAGUGUCCACCUUCAAUACCGACGCAGUCAGUGAGCUUCUGGCUAUCCCUCUGGAGCAAAUGAAAGCAAAACUGGGCCAUGACACAGGGAGUUGGGUACAUAACACCAUCCGUGGUAUCGACCUGAGCGAGGUCAACUCCCGCACGCAGAUCAAGUCGAUGCUUUCGGCAAAGUCUUUCCGGCCCUACAUCAACACUCCUGAACAGGCUGUAAGAUGGCUGAGGAUCUUUGCUGCCGACAUUUUUGCCAGACUGGUUGAGGAGGGCGUCUUGGAGAACAAACGCAGGCCGAGAACCAUCAACUUGCACCAUCGACACGAUGGCCAGACCAAAUCACGUCAAGGACCGAUUCCCCAAGGCAAAACUCUUGACGAGCAAGCUCUGUUUGAGCUCGCAAAAAGCUUGAUGAACCAAAUCAUGACGGAAGGCAGUAUCUGGCCCUGCGCUAACCUGAGCUUGAGCGUGGGUGGGUUUGAAGAUGGUGUGACCGGCAACAUGGGCAUCGGCGCUUUCUUGCUGAAAGGAGAGGAAGCCCAAGCUUUGAGACAGACCAGCCGCGAAGCAAGCCGUCCAUCAACGUCUGAGGAAAAGCCGUCUUCCAAGAGGCAACGGAUGGACGGAGGGGCGAUCGAUCGAUUCUUCACACGAGGCGUUUCCACCGACAACGAAUCAAAUUUCACCAAUGCAAUCGCAGAAAAGGGUUUCGACACCCGAAAUGAGGUCCCGGAGGGCCACGCCGACUCUCAUCAGAUGCCAGUUGUAGCGUUCGUGUGUUCGCGGUGCAACGCGCGCUUUCAAACGCCCGAUGAGCAUCAGAGCCACGAGGAUUGGCAUUUUGCCAAGGACCUCCAGGACGAAGAACGUGUUGAAUCCGCGUUUGUCAACCACUCUGCAACCCGCAAGUCUGGCCCAAAGCCAUCAGGUGUAUCGGCCAAGCGGGGUGGACGCGGCGGCAAGCUCGAACAAGGACAAAGCAAGUUGAAGUUUGGAUGA